AUGAAUUUGGAACUGGACUCGGUGGAUGACCAAUACACCCAGUGCAGAGAAGAGAUGUUAAAGAGGGUGACAGAGCCUGGUGGACUGCUGGACCAAGAGCUACGAAGCGACAACGAAUACUAUGAAGCCUGGAAAAACGCCAAAACUUGCAGGACACUUAUUCCAGGCGUACCCGAGAAUUACAGCGUUGCCCUGGCAGUCUUUACAAGUGACUUCAAUUUCUAUGACAGAUUCAACAAAGCUGUUCGGAUGCAAGGUGCUUCUGUGGACAUAUACAAAAGUAAAUUCCCCUUCAAGUCACUGCACUUUCUGCUCACUGACGUAUUACGAAUGCUCAACACAACAGAUGAAUGCGCCGAUAGCAUAAGUGGAUCUUACACCAAUUUCGGUGCGACCAAGGUCGGAACACAGGUGCGUUUGGAACACUUUCACUGGGUCAGCCCGUUCAUGAACAAAUUUUGUUACACUAUAUACAAAGUCCAAACUUGCCGUGCAUACGAUGUUAGUCAGUACUCUUGCUUCCGGGACAUCGAAGCUAUCAUUUCUCCAUCCGAGCUUUUUGAGGUCACGGCAGUGGACACAGUAAACAAUGAAUCUCAGGUUUUGGUUUCUUUGGUGUCCAAGGGAAUUUACCGGAAACAUCACUGCUCCUUCCUCGCAAGCUUAUUAAGCUGUAAACAAGGAGCUGAGGGCUCCCAGGAGCUGAGUGAAACGUUGAAUUUGUAUUUCACAGAAACACAUGGUGUUCCGGACCCGGAGCCUGAGGCAAAGCCAGAGUUCCAGUUUAGCGUGGGAAGAGGUCCAGUGACGGAGUCAAUCAGUUCCAUGUCUAAAAUCUGCUGGACGUCCUGCUGGCAGGGGCUGGCCAGGUUACUCAGCAAGCGCAGCAGUAGCUUGUACCUCUACAGUGUCAGAGGUAAGGAUCACCUCCGCCUCGGGGCAGACGCGGUGCGGUGCUAA